GCACCGGGGGAAGGAGCGUGGCAUCUGCCGCGGGGCUGAUUCCCCCCCCCCUUUCAGAAAUAAUGCUGUCAACAUGUCUGUGCAGUCAUUGCUUUGUGAGAGAGUCGCCGUUGCUAAGGAAUUAAUGAAGAGAGCAGAAGCCCUUUCCAGAUCACAGAAAGGAGGUAUAGAAGGUGGAGCAAAGCUAUGCAGCAAAUUGAAGGCCGAGUUGAAAUUCUUGCACAGGGUGGAGGCGGGGAAGGUGGCCAUUAAGGAGUCCCAUCUGCAGAGUACCAAUCUCACACAUCUCCGAGCCAUAAUUGAGUCAGCAGAGAACCUGGAGGAGGUCGUCAGUGUCUUUCAUGUCUUUGCCUAUGAAGACUGCUGUGGAGAAAAGCAAAUGCUGGUGGUAGAUGUUGUUGCAAAUGGUGGCCACACCUGGGUGAAAGCAAUUGGUCGAAAGGCUGAAGCUCUUCACAAUAUUUGGUUGGGCCGGGGCCAAUAUGGCGACAAAAGCAUCAUUGAGCAGGCGGAGGACUUCCUGCAAGCGAGCCGUCAGCAACCAGUGCAAUAUAGCAACCCCCAUAUUAUCUUUGCUUUUUAUAAUAGUGUGUCCAGUCCUAUGGCAGAGAGGCUGAAAGAGAUGGGCAUAUCCGUGCGGGGAGACGUAGUUGCUGUUAACUCUUUGGCAGAGCACUUGACUGAAGAGAGACACCUAAGUGCCAGUGAAUCUGAUGAAGAAAGCCCUGAGGUCCUGCAGGUGACCAGAGUAGACCGGGAGAAUUUAGUAGCCAGCAUUGCUUUUCCUACAGAGAUCAAAGUAGAUGUGUGCAAUAGGGUUAACUUGGACAUCACUACUUUAAUUACAUAUGUCUCUUCCCUUAGCUGUGGUGGCUGCUACUUCAUUUUUAAGGAGAAAGUGUUAACGGAGCAGGCAGCACAGGAAAGGAAGGAGAGAGUCCUGCCUCAGUUGGAGGAUUUCAUGAAGGGCAAGGAGCUGUUCGCUUGUGAAUCCGCAGUCAAAGAUUUUCAGUCAAUCUUAGAAACUCUAGGAGGACCUGGGGAGAAAGAUCGAGCCAUCUCUCUCAUGAAGAGAAUUAAUGUGGUGCCAGACCAGCCCUCUGACCGUGCCUUAAGACUAGUGGCUAGUUCAAAAAUUAACAGCCGCUCUCUAGCCAUCUUUGGGACAGGAGACACUUUAAAAGCCAUCACGAUGACCGCAAACAGCGGUUUUGUUAGGGCAGCAGCUAACCAAGGGGUUAAGUUUAGUGUGCUUAUCCAUCAGCCAAGGGCACUGACUGAAAGCAAGGAGUCUGUUGCCACGCCUUUACCAAAGAACUGCGCAGCUGAUAGUGGGCUUUGACUAAGCCAUCUAAUUAAGUAGUCAUUAAAAUAACUGUUUAAACGUGCUGCAGUGGAGGCAGUUCAAGAAAUAGAACUCUCAAAACAAUACAUUUUUUUCUUUUUGUGUGCCAGAUCCUGAUACGUGUAGUAAUUUACCUUCAAAUGAAAAAUUCAAGAAAAGCAGAAAAUCUGUACAUCAUUCAGAAUAGUAGUUGUAAUGGAUAAAAAAAUAUAAGUUAAAACACGUACAUCCUCUGUAUGUGGAAUUUUUGUUCUCAACUCAAUAGAGUAUACAAUAAUUUAUUCAUGGGGAUAACUGCAUUUAAGUGGAAAAUGUUAACUGUGUUCUACCUUAUUAAAAAGUUCAGUUA